CUAGGGUUUGACUUASAAACACUAAGUAAUGAAGAAACUCCGCUWACAUCUUUAAUUAUAUCAAAAUAUUCGGAAUUUUUACUAUAUGCUGCGAUUGAUUCAUGAAUACGCAAAACUGACAGAAGAAAGAAGUGUUUGUGAGGAUAAGCUCAAUAUUACUGGCUUUGAUUUUCACAAAUAUAACAGAACAACUAAAGCGUUAUCGGUUAAUUUCACAGUGCUCGAAGAUGUCACUAUUGAUAAUGACUUGGAGAUAAAAACCACAUUGUACUUAUGGAAAAACAAUGAUUAUAAAAAAACACCAUUUAUGUGGUCAAUGCAGACUUGCAAGGUCCUGGACAACAAUAACUUUGGAAUUCAGCUUUUGAUGAAGGAUUCUACUACGCAGAAAUGCCCAUUGCUGAAGGGAAAACAUUAUAUUCGCAAUGUUUCGCCUCCUGACUUGCAAGGAUGGCCAAGCGUCAUUCCAGAAGGAAAAUGGAAAUUGAACAUUGAAUAUUAUAAGCAGAAACAGUAUUGCUUUACGGUUGAAUGGUUUGCGAUUAUUAGUAAGAAUUAAAUUUAAUGUACUUAUAGUUGAAUUAAACAAGGACCAGUACAGUUU